UUCGCCUUCAACAAAGAUGGUGCUUAUGGUACAGGUUUCCUAACAUUUUGGAUUCCGGUUGCGGUUUUUUUUUUUUUUUCCUUUAAAUAUACGUGUUUGCAGACGGAGAGAUGGAGGCUAGAGACAAGCAAGUGCUUCGCUCCCUCCGCCUGGAGCUGGGUGCAGAGGUACUGGUGGAGGGACUCGUUCUUCAAUAUCUUUACCAGGAAGGAGUCUUGACGGAAAACCACGUUGAGGAAAUCAAAGCUCAAGCCACAGGCCUCCGGAAGACAAUGCUGCUGCUGGAUAUCCUACCUUCCAGGGGUCCUAGAGCAUUUGAUGUGUUCCUAGAGUCCUUGCAGGAGUUCCCCUGGGUUAGGGAGAAGCUGGAGAAGGCAAGGGAGGAAGCCGUAACUGAGCUGCCUGCAGAUGACCGGAUGACCUCUAUCCCCCCACACAUCCUCAACAGCUCCCCGUCGGACCGGCAGAUUAACCAGCUGGCCCAGAGACUGGGCCCCGAGUGGGAGCCUGUGGUGCUGUCUCUGGGACUGUCCCAGACGGAUAUCUACCGCUGUAAGGUCAACCACCCCCACAAUGUGCAGUCACAGAUGGUGGAGGCCUUCGUCCGCUGGAGGCAACGCUAUGGGAAGCAGGCCACCUUCCAGAGCUUGCAGAGAGGCCUCCAGGCCGUGGAGAAGAUUAGCAGAUGGAAGAACAGAGCAUCUAAAUCACUACCUCAUUUCUGCCUGUGGCUGUGAAAAGUGACACUGAAUGCAUCUGCCUACCUCCUGAGAGAAGUGAGUAGGUGACACGCCUGCAAGGCAUCCAUGUGUUUUUGCACGGUAGAAGAUUCUACAUUUCUAGAGGCUGCCUACCCCCAAUAGAAUUCUGAAUGAGUACAGUGAAGUGGCAGAGUAUUUGCAAGCACUGACAAAAAAAAAAGAUAAAUUCUCACUUCACUUUGGUUUGGGAUACACAUGCAUGUACAUUCAUGAGUAUGCCUCUUAGUUUUUAAAAACUAUAACUUUUAUUAAAUUUUCUCAGUAUAAAAAAUAGUGCAUGCUCAUUAAGGCAGUUUGAAAAAUACCAAUGGGCAAUAAUAAAGAAAUAAAAAUGACCCCUACUCUUGUCUUUCAAAGAUAACCAGUGUAACACCCUAGUUUAAUCUCUACCCCCAGUUACUUUCCUAUGGCUGCAAUUUUUAUAAUGAAAAUUGGGAUUGUGUCAAAUCAACAACUAUACUAAGUAAAUGAUGCACAAAAAUAAAAGAUGUGGGUAUCAUGUAGGAACCCCAGUUUUUGAAAUAUACUACAAAGCUAUAAUAAUCAAAAGUAUGGUACUGGCACACAAAUAGACACAUGGCUCAAUGGCACAGAACUCAAAGCCCAGAAACAAACCCAUGUGUACAUGGUCAAUUAAUCUACAAUAGAGGGGGCAAGAAAAUAUAACUGGGGAAAAGAUAAUCUCUUCAGCAAGUGAUGGUGGGAAAACUGGAGAGUUACAUACAAAAAAAAAAAAGA